AAUGGUUAUCGCAAUAAAAAAAAUCAACAUUCGUAAAUCUAUUAACAGAGAAGAUUUAGACUGUACGAAAGAUGCUUUGGAAAAAGCAUGCGAAUUGUGUACAACUUGUAAAGCAUCUUCGGAAUUGCUUCCACAUUUGCCAGACUUUUUCGAUUGUCUACGUUAUCCAGUUGUUGCAAAAUGUGCUUUAUAUUGGAUCGAAAUAAUUCUCGGCACAGAAUCGUACUUUAAGUUUAACACCGAUCAAACACCACUCCAUCUCGCCUUAUUAGAUGAAAUAAGCACAAAUCAUUGUCUUCUUCAUAGUCGAAUUUUCGAUUUACUUAUAUCAAUCUUUGAGAGAAGCUUUAAGGAAUUAGAAGAUCUUGUGCAAUUAGAAUUAAAGAAAACUGUUGUAGAUCGAAUGAUACAUUUAACUACAUGCGACUACGUUGUGCCAGUUUUAAAGUACAUAGUUUCUAAAUGGAAGUCAAAAGACACAGAUUUAUCAUUAAUUAGGCAUUUCAUAGCGGAAUUCUUUGAUGUAAUCGAUCUACCUCUUUCCAAACAAAUAAUAGAAAAUUUUAAACCUCUGCUUAAAGAUGAAGAUUUAAUAGGAACCAUACAAAGACACGCCGCCACCAAAGUUUUGGCUGAAUUUAUGGCGGAGACGAACUAA